AUGCUCAUGCCGGUGAAUGUUGUCAUCGAUGACAUUUCAGAUCCACUCUUGGAGUACAACACCAAUAUCUACUACUGUCGACAGUACUUUGGCUACGACAUUCCUGUCAUUGGAACUGACAGCAGUAUCACUCGCAAGAACAGUGCCGUCCUCACCAAACAAACAUUGGUCAAGGAACGUGUCAAAGUGUUCAACGUUAAAGAACAAGAGAUAGAGGAGAAGGAAUACAAAAAGAUAUUGAAAAAGAAAAAGAAAUACGAUGAAGAGAUGGCAAUGGCAAUUCGGACCUACGAGCAAAAGAAGGAAGAUGGUGUCAGCAAGAAGGUCAAGUUGAAACGACCCAAGGUGAUCCCACCGACCAAAGUGAAAUAUCCAGACUUUGAGCCUGAUGCGUGGCAUGAAGAAUGGCUGAAAGGUGCAUCGGAAUUCGAGAGUUUCGAAUCGACCAUCGAUUCACAAACGAUCCAACCGAUCGUUUCAUUGCUGCCACCAACAGUGCGUCCCAAAUCAACAUCAAAAGCAAAUCGUGACAACUAUCAGCCAAACACAAACAACAACAACAGCAAUAAGAUAAUGGAUCGUAUGAUGUCACAACCUAUCAGUUCAAUAACUAGUAAUAGUAAUAAUAGCAACAGUAGUAGUAGUAGUCAACUUGGUGGAUUUGGAUUUGGAUUUAAUUUCUCUAGUUUCAAUGAUGAUUUUAAUGAUGGUUCUAAUGUUAAUUAUGACGACGAUGAAGAAGUGGAUGAAGAUAAUGCAGCAGCGACACAACCAAUGGAUUAUAAUGAUGAUGCUACACAACCGGUUGAUUAUGAUCACGAUGACAUUCAUAAUAAUCAGACCGUUCAUAAUACUAUAUUCAAUAUGCACAACGACUUUAUUGUGUCUACAAAUUCGUCUGCCGAGAAUCAUAUAAAUAUUAAGACAAUGGCACAACCAUUUGCAUCAAGUUCAUCAAAGCAUUUCUAUGAUGAUAUUAUAAUUACAGUUCCAAUGGAUAAACCUUUAGAUCAGUCAGAUCAAUCAACAGAUAACAAAGAAUCACAAAAAGAUAAAGAGAAAGUAAAAGAGAAAGAAAAAGAGAAAGAAAAAGAGAAAGAAAAAGAAAAAAAGAGAGACAGAGAAAGAGAGAAGGAUAAAGAUAAAGAGAAAGAGAAAGAGAGAAAACGAGACAAAGAAAAGACAAGCGAUAAUAGAAGUAGAUAUAGAGAGAAAGAUAAAGAAAGAGAAAAAGGUAUGGAUAGACACAGAGAAACAGAUAGAAAUAGAGACCGAGACAAAGAUAGUGACAACUCGAAGUGGAGAGAAAGAGAUAGAAAAAGAAAAGAUAGUGAGCAUAGUGGAAGAGAUAGUGAUGAUCAAAAAUGCGAAUAA